AUGGCGGAGGCGCCUGGAGGAGACGAGGCCUACAACCCGUUCGACGCGCCGACGAGCGACAGGAAUCCCUUUCCUCCCUUUGAGGCCGCGCUGGCUGACGAUCAGUCGGCGGCAACAGCGGCGGAAGGGGAGGGAACUGGGCUGCAGGGCGCCGGCACGGCGCUGGACUGGAGCAUCGACACGCUUGCGGAGCUCAAGCCGGCGAUUUUCUCGCCGCUGCCGCAGCAGAAAGAGGCCAACGUCUCGGGGACUUCGCACGGGGCCAGCGGGUUCUUCGAGGACGAGGAGCAGUACGAGGUACUGCGCACGCCGCUGCCUGCAGCUCGGCCAUCGACCGCCGCCGCUCCGAGCAGAACCCGAGCAACGUCAACGCCGUCGCCACCGCUGGAGCUGCACCGACGCUGCAGAGAGACCAUAGCGCGAUGCGAAGCGAGGCUGCGGGAGCGGCAGCGCAAGAUGGACAAGUUGCAGUCGGUCCUCCCUCCGCCCACGCCGAAGCGGUCGAGCCACCCGCGCGCCACUCCGCCGUCUCGAUCGACCCCGCCGCGCCCAGCCAAGAGGAACCGACUGAGCGGCUUCGCGACGCCCGGCAGCGACUGGAAGUCCCAGUCGCCCAGCGCAAGGCCCCCAAAGUGGUCGGCGUCGCCCAUUGCCAUCGUCGGCAGCAAACAGCCGCUUUGCGCCACGCCGGCCACGUUGCAGUUCGAUGCGCUGACCCCGUCGCCGCUGGUCAAGACGCCGCGGGACUCGACGAAGCACAGCUCGAAGCUGCGGCUGUCCUUCGGGCUCUCGCCCAUCGCGUUCUCAUCCCCGGAGCAAACGCAAGCGGAGAAGAUGGAGGAGGGGAAGGACGAGGAAGAGGAGAAGGUUGCCAGUAACGACGACACUCUGCCGCUCAGUUCGACGGAGGAAUCUGCGGCCAGCGUUUCGCCCGAGUCCGAGAAGGAGAACGCAGAGCAGCAAGCUCAACGUGAAGCUGGCCGUCAGCAGGAAUCGUCAUCAUCCCACGCCCCUCCUCCGAUGCCCGCAGCGAAGAAAUCAGUGGCACCGGCGCGGCGGCAGCAGGCCUUCAUGGAGGCGAUGGAGGCCGAGGCUCGCUGUAACGACUCCAGGAGGACACCACCGCCACCACCGCUGACAGCAGCAGCAGCGCCGUCUUCCAUUCUGUCGCUGUAUCAGGAAGCAAAGCGCCUAGGCAUGACGGACCCUCAGACCCAAUGGCAGUACGUGCAGACGCUGCGUCAAAGUGACCAGAAGAACUCUGCGCCCAAAGGAUAA